ACUCGUUUUAACUGCUCCAUCACCAAGCCACUGGGAACGGGUUGCCCGGGAAACGGCCGCAUGGCAACAGGAUCAGAGCCUGGGGGUUGUCUGCUUCUAGGUCUGCUCCCAUUUUACAUCGCGUUUCCUCACUAGAUGGUGUGCAAGCCACUGGAGAGUACACUUCCCCGCACAGUGGGCUCCACAUCCAGCAAAACAAACCUGGGAAACUGUACUGCGGACCAUUUCUUUACGGGGCUCCGAGGAGGAAAAGUGUGGAAAUAAAAACGACGUUUCUUUUUUUGAACUCCUUGCUUAAUCGAGACAAGAAGACUUGGGGGAAAAGCGGCAACACAACACAGCUGUCAUGGACAUAAUGUUUGCGGUGCAGGAUGCUUGUGUCUCUGGUCAGUGGCUAACUGCGAUAAUACUCAGCUUGUGCUGCUUUCUGCCGUCCUGUUUGCCCGCUGGACAAACUGUGGACUAUCCCUACUCGGUGGAAAGUGUGGUCAGCAGACAAGGCGACACGGCUCUUCUGAGGUGCUACCUAUUGGAUGGGAUCUCUAAAGGAGCCUGGCUGAACCGCUCAAGCAUCAUAUUCGCAGGAAACGACAAGUGGUCUGUGGACCCACGUGUGUCCAUUGUGUCCAGCGUUGGAGACAAACAUGAGUACAGCCUUCAGAUACAGAAAGUGGAUGUUUCUGACGACGGCCAGUACACAUGCUCCAUUCAGAGUGAGCGCAACCCACGACCAAAGCUCCUCAACCUCAUUGUAAAAGUUCCACCCAAGAUAUACGACAUUUCCUCUGACAUCACGGUAAAUGAGGGCAUCAAUGUGUCGCUCAUCUGCACAGCCAGUGGGAAACCUGAGCCAAGCAUUUCCUGGAGACACAUAACCCCAUCAGCCAGGAAGUAUGACAGCGGUGAAUAUCUUAACAUCACCGGUAUCACAAGGGACCAGGCUGGAGACUACGAAUGCAGCGCUUUAAAUGACAUCGCCUCUCCUGACACCAAAACAAUGAAAGUCACAGUCAACUUUGCUCCUACUAUCCAUGAGAUGAAAAGCCAUGGAGUUGGUCUGGGACGCACGGCUCUGCUGAGGUGCGAGGCAGCUGCUGUCCCCCCUCCAACAUUCGAGUGGUACAAGGGUGAAAAAAGGAUUAACAAGGGUCAAGGCAUCGACAUCAAGAGCCUCAGCUCCAGAUCAGUCCUCACAGUGACCAACAUGACAGAGGAUCGUUACGGGAACUACACAUGUGUCGCCACCAACAAGCUAGGGACGGCUAAUGCCAGUGUGCCUCUCAUUCCGCCCAACACUGCGCCCUAUGGGAGCACAGGAAGUGCAAACGUCCCGCUGGCCUGCUGGUGCCUGGUGCUGGCGCUCGCCUCCUUCAUCAGCGUGUACUAGCAGGUGCCAGUCCGGACACAAUGACUGUCGAGAGCAUUUAUGAGUCCUUUUUGACAUUUCUGAAGGCUGGAAUCCAAUCUGGUACAGUUUGUUGAAAAGCCGUGAUUGGGGGAAAUAAUCAGCGUUAAUUGUGUGGGGAUAUUUACCUUUUUUUUUCUAUGCUUUUUGGUGAAAUUUCUGUCAUGUAAAUACGAUGAUGUUUUUUUUAUUAUUAUAAUUAUUAUUAUUUCCUCUCUUCUUUCACCUCACCUUGUGAAUCAGUGCUCCCCCCACCCCCACCCCCCACCUCCAAUCAUCUCAAAAAGGCCCCCAAACUUCCCGAAAUGAGUUACUUUGAUGCUCUGGGAGGCGAUGGCGCAAAAACAUUUUCAUCCGUUUUUGUACAUGGCUAGAAAAGAAGCAAUUGUGCCAAGUCUCUCAGUACACAGAAUUACCAUACCAAUGUUGUAUUGAAUGUAUUAUGGGUUGUUGAACAAAGGAAAGACAUUUAGAUUCCUAUCAAUACAAAUUCAGAUUAUGGAGUGUGCUUAAAAAAUACAAAAAAACUGAAAAAAGAAAUUCAAAAGAACAAAAAGACAGGACUUUUUUAGGACCUGUAUUGUCAUGAUUACUCUCUAGAUGGAUGAACAGUGUUGAAGGUGUGCUUUGUUGUAUUCUGAAAUGGGUCCUUCAGUUAUAUGCCUGCCUCACAGAUUUGAUCAGGCAACCGUCAAAGUAGGAAAGUAUACUGUAUUGUAUCUUUAUAUUUGAAUAUAGUGUAGGCUUUUGUUUUAAAGUGGGACCAGCUUUUCUCAUUUCGACCAAGAACAUUAACACAGUUCAUGAAUUUGUACAGUAAGAAGGGAGGAACAUCGCGGCCCUAUGUUUACAUUUGUCUUGAAGAUAUCAAUACGGCAGUAUGAACUCAACACGUUUUCUUUCAGAGAGUCCACAAACAUGAAUGUCACAACACACUGUUGCAGUUGAGAAUAAAAAUCAGAGCCCAAGAUCAACUGUUGAACGCUUCUCUCUUAAAGACUGGGCUCUUUGAAACAGGCCACCUCCAGUGGGCGUCUGAGCACAGCGUUAGGCUAUGAAUUAUUAUUAUUAUAACCUAUUGAUCAUCAUCUGGCUGAAAACCUGCAGCUGCACACUGAAAGUCUUUUGGCAAGAUAUCUAAAUAAUGGACUCCGGGAACGCAGCAUUCUGCAUUCCUGUGUUUUAUUCCUCUUUUCUUUACAGAUAAAUCAAUACUUUAAUGUAUCACAGUCUCUUACAGAUAAUAUAUGUAGAGCAUUGCCCCAGUUAACAAAUAAAGGACAUUCAGAGAGCCAGAAGUCAUGCUACUUGAGAUUUCUGGUUUAUACACCAAUAUAUGUUAUCUAAAAACGUACAAUAAUAAAACUUGCUUUGCCUCCAGUCCUUUUAAUGUUAACGACGAGCAACAAAACACUAAAUAAAUCUUGCAAACAUGCCCUAAGGUGCAAUGAGCUCCUUUAGAUGAGAGUCCAUUUUAUUUAAGCAGCCGAUCAGCGCCACUGGGCCGGUGAAUGUCCAGCAUAAAAAAUAAAUAAACCAUGAGGUUGUUUAAUGACGAAAAUGUGGCUUUUUUUUCACUGAAAUCAAACAUAUCAAAGCUAGAAACAGUUUUAUUUUCGACUCUCAUGGCAUAAUCAUCCUCCAGUAUCUUCACUUCAUGGUGUAAACAGAUACUGUACUGUAAUGCCUUAAUAGAACCAUCCACAUUAAAUGAACCUCCUUUAGAAGCUUCCAGAAACUCUCAAUAAGAUAAAGCUCAUUAGUUUGAAAGAUAACUACUUAUUGAAUGUUCAUGAACCAGAAGCUGAUCUUAUCUUUAUGAACAGGCAUUAUAUUUAGUCAAUACUACAUUUCUCGACUCAUGGCUCUUGCAGGUAUUUUCAAAACAAGCCAGUUGCAUAUUAUAAAAAUCAGUAUUUGUCGUACAGGUUGAAAUGUUUGGAUUUGGGCUGUGUUAUAUUCUGCCCCACGAUCGAGGGACUAGACAAGUACUACUUCACGCAGUAUUCACAUGAACUUGUAACUGCAAACCUAUAGAGAAAUAGCCAUCGCAGUUAAAAGACUUAAAGCACAAACACUGUUAUUACCUUUACGUUUCGUGGUGAUUUGUUUAAGAGUCUGCUAAACAUUUGAUUUUAUUGUUUGUUAAUGAAAUUGUUAUCAGCUUGUUUUACAAAUUAUAAAAAUACUGCACCAUAUGAUCUUGUUUAAAUGUUAAGGUAUGAAAAUGGGUCAGAAGUAUAUUUAUUCUCUUCCUUUAUGAAAACAAUGUAUAAAAAAGUACAUUUGAAACUUGUAAAACUGGAUAUGUGACAUUUAUUUGAAACGAGGCACAGUAUGGCAUAGUUUCUAAUGUUGUCGGGUUCAUUUAGAUGCCAUAGCUGUUGUGGAUUUUAUUAUCAGACAAGUACAUUAAAAAGAAAACGUUUGCAAUCAAAUUACCUACUUUUUGCCACAGAGAGGGUGAACCAAUAUAACAGUAUUAUAGAACAGAAUCAAUGUGUGUAUAUUUGGAGAAAAUAGGAUACCUUUUGAUCUUUAGAGCCAGUGUGUAGUCAUAGUUUUCACACACUCGCGUGUUUACCGAUGUGCAGAGAGUAUGGUUGUGCUGCAUGUCAAAGUUAACCUGUGUUUUUGAGGUGGCCAUUUUACAUAUAUUCAUACUUUUUAUGAAUGGAAACAGUUUUUUCCGAAACCGUUGGUUCUUAAACCUGGUCGAAAAAUACAAAUCUCUUACAGACCAGCCGGCUAUGUUUGUUUGUGAUUUAUUUGAAUCAACCUUUGCUGAUUAACUGAAAAACACUGCUGUUAAGAGUCGUGAUGAUUAUUGUGGCACAUUGGUGACAGUCUGGAGUGUUGCUCGUCUAAGCAAACCAUGCUAGUAUUCAUACAUAUGAAAUGUACUGGAUGUUAAUUCUUUUUUCAAUAAUGGAAUUAACGAUCCCUUUUAUUGAUUCACUAUAAUUUGCAAUAAAAGUCUUCAUGCUACAUUAUAAACCCACAUCUCGGGUUGUCAUUAUCACUGGGACAGGGUUUGAGCCAGAAAGCACCAUUAAGAGAAAGUCCUCCUUAAAAUGUAAACUAUCUCCUCACUAUGUUCUCCUCACACACAGAUAUCUCCUCUUAAAUCAGGGGCAGGGUCACCGUUGUUAUUAGGCAUCUCAUUUUUAGACUUUAUAAGCUAUUUCAACACUUUUCAAGUGGGUUAGGUCAAUCACAACAUGGCUUUUACUAGAGAGGAAAACAUGACUGUGUAAUCAUUAGCAAGAAUGGUCCUUUUGGUGUUAAAACCAGCUACGUAAUGAAUAUGUGGCUCAAAGGAUAAUCUUUGCUACAGUUAUGCAGCUGCAUAUUAUCGCCCGAUAUCAGUAACAGUACAUUGGUCUGGUUUUGGAGACACAGAUGAAUUGUGAAGGUCUUUUAAGUUGACUUCAAGAUAAAUACAGAUUUGCCGAGGGUACAGUUAAACCCUAAUGAAAAUAACACUGCUGGGACUGUUGGGAACGCUGCUUAAAUCCUCCUGAGCCCAGAUGCCGGAAACCACAGCACAUAGGAUUAAACACCGUUAGCAAAGCGCCAUCAUUGACUGGAGUGUGCCGCUCAGUGUGUGUGAUCUGGAGAUGUUUAUGAACGUAAAUCACUGCGCAUUCAUCGUGGAUCAGCGGCCGAUUAUGCCUCUUUUUUUCCACAACAGCACAAGGCUUCUCAGUAUCCUCUGAUCUGAAUGCACUCUUAAUAAUCCACGGUUGUGUGACCUACCUCAUUAAAAAAGUCCUGUUUAAAAAAGUCCUGUUGAUGUUCGAGCUGAAAACAGCCCCCCCCCCCCCCCCCCCCCUCUUGCAGAGAUCACUGCCUCACCUCCGUCCCCAGCUGACACCAGGGGGGGGGGGGGGGGGGUCCCUUCAUUUUUAAAUUUAAGAUAAGAGGAUUUAAAAUAUUCAUGCCAGUGCGUAUUAUUACGUCCCCCACAUUUUAAUUGUCCAUUUAAAAAUCUCCUCUCACCCGGUCGCUUCAGAAUCAUAUUGUUCUGUUUGCAUUUUAACAACGUUGGAUUUAUGAUACAACAGCUGAGUCUUAAAGGGGGACAACUAUUGUACUGAAUGUGCCUUUAAAAUAUGUUAUCAGUCAUAACAAACCCUAAUAGAAAGCUCUAAUGCUCCACACUCUUUAAGCUGGUUGCUCAUAUUACAUUGGCUGUUACAUGUAACAUAAACUGAGCAUUCAAUGUGUCAACAUAGAAGCAAACUUCAGCACUAAUUAAGUUUAACAGUUAUUCUAACACAUGUAACCCCAAAGUAGCAUAGAAAACAAAUGAAUUAAACACAGUUAAAUAUGAUAAUUAAAAUAAUUAGGACUGAUGCAUACUUUAAGUUCAGUCAUGUGUAUUUAACAGAAACAGAUCCGCUCAGAUUAUCUUUCUCCUGCUUAUUAUCAGGUCAUUACAGUUUGUUUUCCCUUCUUUAUUACGGGAAGGGCAUGCUUAUUAAUCUUUUGUCUAACUGACAUACUGUACCUGCCAUGCUCUAAAAAUAUCACAGCUUGAGUUUAAACAAACCUCAAGAAUGAUUGUGCAGGUGAUGUACCACCAGUCCCUGUGAGAAACUUGUGAGAAACACAAUGACAAAAUCAGUGUUUUGUUUUGUCUGCUGCUGCAACAGGGGCGCAUUUACUGUGCGAUUAAAUACAAAGUGGCAUUUACAGUCUUCAAAUACAGACAACGAGUCAUUUUAUAUUACAACUAAUGCAAAUGAUCAGAGUGUAUUUAAGUCCAUAAUGCUCGAUGUGACCACUCAAUGCUGGGUGUUUGCAGUUUUAUUUUGCAAAUAUAAGUAAAACUGCAUUAUUGUGCAGUAAAACUAAGGCAUAGCUAAUGGGGAUGACUAGUGUUUGGCUCUUCACAAAGGCGUCAGUGGCUAGUAUGAGCGCUGAGGAGGUGUUGAAAAGGGAUUCCUCUUGACCCGUUAAUGAAACCCUUCCUGUGCCUUUGUCAGUUUAAACUGGGAGAUUGUGUCACACGACACCCUGGAGCCGCCACCGUGCUCCUGCAGUCGCCACCGCUCGUCCCUGAGCAGCAGACUGAGAUGUCACAAUCAAAAAUAACUCUGUUUCUUGAGUGCUCAUAUUCAGUUUGGAAGAUAUGAUUGUUGCACAGCAGGAAAUGCUUUCCUCCCUGACAAGCACAGGCAGAGAGAGUGAAAAUGAUUUAAAUUCUUCCUCUAUCACCUGUCUCUGGGCAAGUUGGAUUUAUUCUGAAAGAAAACAUUUUUCAAUUGGUACAAAAAGAGAGUAAUUUCUGACUGGUGUGACUUCCUUUGAAAUCCCCCUGAUCGUGUGGCAGCUGUCAAUGAGGAGUUGCAUCAAGAAUUUGUCAACCUGUCCCUCAUUAUUUCCACUGAAGUGGAAAAUAAGUUGCCAGCCAAUGAAGCAGAGCCUGAGAUACUGCCUGGGUUUUAAAGCAAGCUAUCUCAGGCAGGUCUCUCCCUCCAUGACGCGGAGGACUGAAUCACACGCAGCCAAGUGUUUUCACGUAAAGCUCCGGGGUAAUUGUCAGUGUUGGUGAAGGAUUGAAUGGGUUUGCCAUAGAGAGAAUGCCAUAAUUUGACUGACGGUAAAUGUAAUCUUGUUUCAUUUGUUUUCAUGCCCUGAAAAGCCGAUUACACAUGGUUUUAUAUACACAGUUCAUCAAAUGUGUCUCCUGUGUGGUGUUUGUUUAAAUGGAGUGACCUCUGGCAGGGUUCAAGGUAUCAAGGUGCAGCAAUUCUUCUGGUUUAUUUCUGUAAAUUGGAUACCAUAUAUGCCAUUCUUUUUUCUUUUUUACAAAAACUGGGAAUGAAUAUCACGCGGUUGACCAGAACAAUCUUUCUACAUGGACUUUUAUUUUCAUUUUUUUUUAUUUGCUUGUUUAAUUUCAAUGUUCAAAUCAUGCUGAUAAACCAUUUGAAGAGAAGUCUGGAAAUGUUUACUUAAAUGUGUCUGAAGGUCCUUUAGCCACCAGGGAUAUAGUUGUACAUUUAUAGGCUCUAGAUCACUGGAAUGAUAUAUAUGGCUUUAAGUGGAAUUGAUAUAUCUAUAUAUAAUAUAUAUAAAUAUAUAUUGAUAUUUGUCCAGAAAUAAAAAAAAUCAUGUACUUUAAUUACUUUGAAGCUUACAUUGUGUAUAGCACGUAUGCAAGUCCAUUUUCAUCAUGUUUGAUGUAAUUUUGUAGCAGUGGUUUGAUACUAAUAAAUGGCAGUUGAUGAUG